AUGCAGGAAAAUGGGCCCUGUCUGGUCAAUGAGGAUUCCAAUUCCACGGAGCUCAAUCCUUGGUCCUGGAACAAUUAUGUGAAUAUGCUAUACAUUGAUCAACCCAACCAAGUCGGUUUUAGCUAUGAUGUCCUGACCAACGGUACCUUUGACCAAGUCCAUGGUGCCUGGAACCUGUCGGAGUGGACGGGAGUGCCCGAGCAGAACAACACCUUCUAUGUCGGCACGACAGCCAGCCAAAACCAGUCAAUGGUGGCCAAUAGCACGCAAAAUUCCGCGCGGUCCCUGUGGCAUUUUGCUCAGACCUGGUUUACUGAAUUCCCACAUUACAAGCCCCAUGAUGAGCGGGUUAGCAUCUGGACGGAGUCAUAUGGUGGCCGCUACGGCCCAGCUUUCACUGCAUUCUUCCAGGAACAAAAUGAAAAGAUCAAAAAUGGUAGCAUCGAUACCCCUGGGGAGUCACACUACAUUCAUCUCGAUACUCUGGGCAUCAUCAACGGCUGCAUCGACCUCCUGGUGCAGGAACCCACGUAUCCAGUGAUGGCCUACAACAAUACAUACGACAUCCAAACAAUCAACAAAACAGUUUAUGAUAACGCCAUGGAAGCAUGGAAUCGGCCUGGUGGGUGCAAGGAACUAAUCAUGCACUGUCGUGCCCUGGCCUCGGAGGGCGACCCACAGAUGUAUGGCAACAACGCAACCGUCAACAAGGCAUGCCACAACGCCGACAGGGUCUGUUCAAACAACGUCGAAGGCGCAUAUGUGGAAUACUCCGGCCGCGGAUAUUACGACAUUACCCACAAAAACCCAGACCCCUUCCCACCGUCCUACUUCCUCGGCUGGCUGAAUCAGCACUGGAUACAAGGCGCACUGGGCGUUCCAAUCAAUUUCACCUCGUCAAGUGACGGAGCCUACAAAGCCUUCAGCUCCGUCGGAGACUAUCCCCGCUCUGACGUGCACGGAUACCUCGAGGACCUGGCGUACGUCCUCGAUUCCGGUGUCAAGGUGGCCCUCGUCUACGGCGACCGCGACUACGCCUGCAACUGGAUCGGAGGCGAAGAUGCGAGCUUAUUGGUCAACCAUGCUGAAGCUGCUGCUUUCCGCUCCGCCGGGUACACGCCUCUCCGCACAAAUUCGUCGUAUAUCGGCGGUCAGGUCCGGCAGCAUGGCAACUUCUCUUUCACCCGUGUCUACGAUGCUGGCCAUGAGGUCCCGGCUUACCAGCCACAGACCGCGUAUGAGAUCUUCUACCGUGCGCUCUUCAAUCGUGACCUGGCUACAGGUAAAAUCGAUACCGCGCGUAAUCGCUCAUAUACUACGGAUGGGCCGGCAUCGACUUGGCAUAUUAGGAACAAGGUUCCGGAUAGUCCAGAUCCGGUCUGUUAUAUCCUUGCGUUGGAGUCGACGUGCACUGAGGAUCAGAUUGCGAGUGUAGUCAAUGGAACUGCAGUUAUCCGUGACUAUAUCGUUGUGGAAGGAGACUCGAAGUAG